UGUAUUGUUCCAAAUAUCCAUGUUCUUGUUGUUCACACUGUCUGAGCUACCGUUGAAUCCUGAAAACUAUUUCAUGUUCCUGAGGAGCAGUCAUGCAUUAGUUAGAAUGCACUGAUGGAGAGCGGUUCUAAUAUGGAACCUCACCUGGGGAGUGAGAGCAUAGCCGCGGUGGAUGACAGGCAGCCUGAGACUGAGAUUGUUGAGAUCAAUAGCUUCCCUACUCCAGAACUGGGCAGUGAUCGUCAGAUGGCAGAAGAAGCAGCCAGCAUCGAAAGCCAGGAAGAUGGUGAGAUGGUCGACGUUGAAGCACAAGAUUCGUGCAAAGGCUCCAGCGGGUCAGCAUCGCUCAAUAGCCAUGAAGCCAGAAUAAAGAUUGAUUUUGAGUUCCUGUGGAGGUUGCGAAAGUAUCUGCUGCUUCUUGCUGUGCUAGCUGUUAGUGUCACAUACAAUGCUGGAUUGAACCCACCAGGGGGGUUUUGGACAGAUGACAGCCCCGGCCACCAUGCCAGUGAUCCUCUCCUUCCAUCUAAAUUCUUCCAGCGAUAUGAAUCAUUCUUUUACUGCAAUGCAACAGCCUUUGCUGCAUCUCUGGUCUUAAUCAUCUUGCUUUUAAGUAGGAGUGUGGCCAAUCAGCAUUUAUGGCUUCGUGCGAUGCAGCUUACCAUGAUAUUGGACCUCUUUAGCCUUAUGGGGGCCUAUGCUGCAGGGAGCUGCAGAGCUCUAAAUUCUUCUGUUUAUAUAUUCGUGCUAGUUUUCGCUGUUUUCUUCUAUGUUUGGAUUCAUAUUUUAGUAUUCAUAAAGGUGGUUCCAAAAUGGUUAAAAGAGGUUAUACAGACAUUCAUACACAGAAUUGUAGAGAAGCUGCAAACACUAUCCAUUUGUCACGUCCCUGCGGAGCAAAGAAGCAAACAAAAUGAGAAGGAGGAAAUCGAGGAAGCUCGUAAGUUUAUAUUGAUGCUCUCAACUUUUGCUGCUACUAUCACAUACCAAGCUGGAAUGAGUCCACCUGGUGGCUUUUGGGCUGAAAACGUACAUGGCUACCGUCCAGCUACUUUUGUUCUUCGCAGGCACAACCUUCUCCGGUUCAAUAUUUUCACCUGUUGCAAUGCAACUUCUUUUGUAGCAUCUCUGGUCACAAUCAUAUUACUUCUGAGCACAAAAUUGAGCCGACAUGGUAUAAGGACUCGGGCAUUGUUUGCGUGUGUCAUAGCUGAAUUGUUUGGCCUGAUUGUUGCUUAUGCUACAGGGAGCUGCAGGGAUGUUGCAACAUCAGUGUCGGUGAUCCUCAUAAUUGCUGUGGUUUUAAUCUGUGCCUUGAUCCUUGUUAUAUUCUUCCAAUCCAGAGCUGUAACUAUGUGGAUCAAUAAUGCAGUGAAACCUGGAUUUGACAAUGUUCUGAAAAAGCUUUCAUGGCCACGGGAAAACCAGUUAUCACAUGGAAAUCAAGGACCCUUGUCAAGUCCUCCACAGGAUGCAGAUCAUGGAAAUUUGGGUGAGGAAGAUGCGAAAUCUGCGCCAACCAGUGAUUUGGAUAGCACAAAAGAUAACAUAAACACUAUGGCUAAUCAAUUUCAUGAUCAGAAAGACAAUAUGAUCAUUACAGCAGUACACUCUCCAUCUGCAGAUGUGCCAAGUAGAAAAGCUACUAUGCCAGAGCAGAGCUUGUCUGACCCAAUUUCAGCACUUGGUGAUGUGACACUAUCAGCUAAUAUGCUUGAAACUGAACAUAAUAUAGGCAAGAGCCAGAUGGAUCGUGAUGAACAAAAUCAACUAAUGGUUGGUCAACAUGAUAGUUCAGAGGUUGAUGGAGAAGUCAGACAGUCUGAGAAUGGCACAAUGAACAAUAAUCAAGGCACAAGGGAUCAAGAUAGAAGCAGUGAUGACACAGAGGAAAAUCCAGAUGAUGUUUGUCUUAAGAAGUCACGCACAUACCUGUUGCUUCUUGCAGUUCUUGCAGUGUCCUUAACAUAUCAGGCAGGUCUAAAUCCACCAGGUGGCUUUUGGACAUCGAAUGCCCUUAAUCACUUGGCUGGUGAUCCCAUCCUUGAGGAUAAUUACCAUAAGAGAUACCUUGCUUUCUUUUAUUUCAACGCGACUGCCUUUCUAGCUUCCCUUGUCAUGCUCAUUAUGCUCCUGGACAAGAAGAUGAGCAAAAAGGUUAUAAAACGCCGUGCAUUACAAACGGCAAUGAUAACUGAUUUACUUGCUCUAUUGGGGGCCUUUGUUGUUGGGAGCUGCAGGGAGAAAACAAAGUCCAUUUACAUAUCAGUGGUGAUAUUUUUUGCAGUUGCAUAUGUUCCUCUUCAUUGUUGGGCAUUAAUAUACAUAGUCCCUGAACGGUGGACACAAUGGUUUACCCAGAGGCUACAUCAUGGAAUGGAAGAAUCCCCUCGUGUAGGUGUAGAUAAUGAUGCAAAGGCUGCUAGUGAGAAGGACUUGGAGCGGAGGCGCAAUUUGCUUCUCAUUCUUGCUGUUCUAGUAGCAACUGUCACAUAUCAAGCUGGCCUGAACCCUCCAGGUGGCAUUUGGCCUGAUGGGAAUUCUAAUGGUGGCAAACCUGGCAAUCCUGUUCUUCAAGACAGCCAUCCAGAACGCUAUGAUGUUUUCUACUAUUCAAAUGCUGUCUCAUUUGUGUCAUCUGUGGCUGUUAUCAUACUACUUAUUAACAGGGAAUCGUGUGAGCAUGGAAUCAAGUCCUAUGCACUGCGUUUUUGCUUAAUAGCUGGUUUGCUUGGUCUCCUGAUUGCUUAUUCCGCAGGAAGCUUCAGGAAAGUAAAAUCAAUAGGUUAUCUCAUUAUCAUAACCUCUGCUGUUCUCAUCUGUCUUUUAACUCAAGUUCUUGUGCUGUCAUCAACAAAAGAUGCACUACAAUGGCCAGCUUGGUCAAGGAGAUGGUUGCAGAAUAUUUUUGGGCUUGGGGAUUCUAAAAAGUCACUAGAAAGUCCAAGUCAGUCAAAAAAUGAAAGUAAUGUUGUGCAGUUGGUUCCCUUUGUUGAUGAAGAGAAAGAAAAGAGGCAUAAGUACUUGAUGCUGCUUGCAAUUCUUGCUGCAUCCAUUGCUUACCAAGCUGGUCUAAACCCACCUGGGGGUUUCUGGUCGGAUGACAGUCCAGAUGGCUACAAAGCUGGCAACCCAGUCCUUAAGGACAUACACUCCAGGCGCUACAUGGUUUUCUAUGUCUCUAAUUCCUUCUCUUUCAUGGCAUCUGUUGCUGUAAUCAUGCUUCUUCUUAUUAAAUCUGUCAGAAAGAAUAAGGUUCCACUUCAAGCAUUGUUCUUGAUCAUGAUACUGGACCUGUUGGCUCUGAUGAUUGGUUAUGCAGCUGGAAGCUGCAGAAAGGUCAGAACAUCAAUAUUUGUCUUCAUGGUAGUAUGCUGUGUGGUGCUGUACCUUGUGAUUGUAAUUAUUUUAUCAAGUGGUAUUGCAAAAUGGCUGAAGAAAAGGAAAGGUAGGUGGCCUCUGUGUUGGAGAUGUCCUCAGCAUGAUAAUGCAACAGAAUAACAAGGAGAUGAACAGAAUGUUGGAUCAAUGUUUUGAAAUUCCUUGAUCAUUUGGUUCAAGAAAUCAAAAGGACAGCAGUAGGUGGAGGUGCGGUAUGUCCUGUAUCACAUAUAAGUUGUUCUCUUAGUCAUUUUGAGUAGAUCAGUGUGCUUGUCCUUUUGUGUUACUUGUUGAGUUGUUUCCCAGGUUUGGCUAGGGGAGCAGUAGUCCCACUGUUUCUCAUUUGCCAGCCCCAUUCUUUUACUUCCUACUGCUACGAUGCACGAACCUCUUGCAAGUUCUUGAAAGGAGAUCUUUUUUGGCAGUGUUGUGACCUAUUUUGUAUUUGAGAUGAAAAUCGUGCAUUUGGUUUUUGUUCAGCAGAACGGCAUCAUCAGGUUCUAUAAUUUGUGGCAACAAGAUCUUCAC